UAGAGAAACAAUUUCAUCAAUUUAAACAUUCAAUCUUUACACGCUUCGCUAGAAUUUCUUUUACAUAACUUAAUAAAGGAGGCGAAAUACAAUUUCCUCAUCGAAGGAAGAUAUCUGUCGUUCGCAGAGCCGUUCGCAGCCUACGAUCUGUCUGUCAGGAACAGAUUUUGAUGAUGGAUGCAUGGUAUAAAAGAAAUAGCGCCUUCGAAAUGUUCGGAUUUACGUAGUAUUCGCGCGGUACAUUAGACGGCAUCCGUUGCUUCGACGUUUACUGCACAUCGGCACUUGCAACUGCUCCGACAUCCAUCAAUGGCUAAUUACGUGAGAUUCGUUGUCGUUUUCGCUAUUAUCAUUGGUAUGGUUUGCGGAGAGGAAUCCAGCGAGAUCGAAGAUGUCGACAAGAAUAUUUUCUUGAAUCUUCCUUACGGCAGAGGAUUGGAUAGUGAAUUGCAGCUGGUCAAAUUGAUGAUGUUGGCUCCGCGAUUGUGUCAUCCCAAACGCAAUUCCGAGCUUAUAAAUUCAUUACUGGGUUUACCGAAAAAUAUGCACAAUGUUGGAAAAUGAAAGUAGUCUCUGGUUGUACAAGAUAUUCAAAGAUAUAUCAUAUAUAAAAUGUUAUAAAAAUAUACUCGUAGUUUAUCCGUCAAUGAACAUAUAUUAGAACGGAGAAUUUAGAAAGUCAAGAUUUGUCAGCGAUGUUCCAGAAACACGGAUCGUAUCCAAAAUGAAUUGAUACUAAUAAAUCUAGAAAUUCUCA